AUGAGAUCGAUUAUUGCAGCAGCCUUGGUCGGAGGUGUCAUUGUCGGCGGCUCGGCGAGCCCAGGCUUAGGCUUCGACACUUUCCUGGGGCCAGUUUUCGAAGCAUCUCCAAACUCGAGUAGUCUGACGUCGAGCCUGGAAGACAGUCUAUCAAGCGCACUCUCGGCCGAGUGCCGCAAAGAUGUCAACGGAUCGCUGAUGGUCUCCAUCCGCGCAGCCUCGAUUUUCAAGGACGCUCCCGUGUUUGAAUACUACCAUUCGACCGACCGCGCGCAAAAGACGGUGAACGCGGAUACCGUCUUUCGAAUCGGCAGCAUCUCCAAGCUCUUCACGACCUACACUCUCUUGGUAUCUCGAGGCUUGGCCAUCUUUUCCCGGCCCAUUCAAGACUUUGUACCCGAGCUUAAGACGGACAGCGCGGACUUGCAUCCUGAGUCUCGGGUGAAUUGGUCUGAGGUGACGGUGGGCGCGUUGGCCUCGCAUCUGGCGGGUAUUUCGAGAGAUUACAACCUGGGCGAUCUGGCCGAUCUAAGUCUGCCGCAAUCGCAGACCGGGUUUCCCAAUCUCUCCCGCUCGGACCUGCCCAUCUGUAUCAAUACCAACGCCGGAGAUUCGUCCACAUGCGACAGAUCGGAAUUCCUCGCUGGCCUCAAGAAGCGCAAUGCCGUCUUCGAAACGUUCCAGACGCCGGCAUAUUCCAACAAUGCUUUCAGAAUUCUUGGUUAUGUUGUUGAGCAGGUCACUCAAAUGAAAUAUGCCACUGCCCUGCAGAAGGUUGUUUUGGACCCAUUGGGACUUAAACUUACCUUUGCAAGCACGCCGUCCAGUUCCCUUGGGGCGAUCCCGGAGAACUCGACGGAGACGGGCUGGUAUGAAGAUCUGGGGGAUGAAGUAGCUGCUGGAGGGCUCUUUUCAAGCUCCAGUGAUCUCUGUUCAUUCGGCAAGGCAAUUUUGACCAGCAAACAAAUCCCUCGCGCGGUCACCCGGCGCUGGAUGAAGCCCAGUUCUCACACGUCUUCGCUCUUCCUCUCGAUUGGAAUGCCAUGGGAGAUCUAUCGGGCCAACAUCUUCGGACGCAUAGUCGAUCUAUACAGCAAGUCUGGCAGUGUCGGAGCUUAUAACUCGUGGCUAGUGCUCGUACCGGAUUACGGCAUUGUCAUCUCAGUUCUGGUGGCCUCGGCCGAAACUGCUGGUGCAUUGCCCGGGCGGCUGACCGACCUGGUCACUUUCAAGGUCUUGCGUGAAGUUGCUGCCAGGGAGGAGAGCCAACGUUUCACUGGGCGAUACGUAUCGAACAGCACGACCGGUCAGGAACCAGACUCUGCCGUCGAACUGCAGGUGAAUGCGGAAGAGCCAGGCUUGAAGAUACGGUCGUGGAUCAGCAAUGGAGUUGAUUUUCUCGAAACAGCCGACGCUUAUGCACGGUCCACGGACAGUGGUGCUCUGCAGUCCGUCCACCUUUACCCCUCGAUAUGUAAGACUGUCGAUGAAUGCUUGACAUAUCGAGCGGUGUUCAAGACAGCCCGCGAGCCCGCAUCUCCUUUGAGCAUUGCCGAGGUCGGUGGCGUGCCUCAGCUCUUUGACCAGGCCACAGGAGCUUGGAUUGCGGUGGAUCAAUUGACCUACGGAAAGCAGCCACUGGACGAAUUUGUUUUCGAGACAGAUUCUGAGGGUCGCGUCAUUGGUGUUAGCAAUCCUGGCCUAAGAGUGAAGAUGGCGAGAGUGUGA